AUGUCGUAUUCAAAAGACGAUCAAACAUACACACCCUUACCAUCAAUUCAACGAGUAUUUCUUCAGUCAAUGGCAGCUGAAGACCCAGAUGGACGUUUCAUAAUCGUCGACAACAUACAGGUCUAUUACAAGGUAGCAUUACCACCAGAAGACCCAAUGGAACUCGUAGACCCGCUUAAUCCAUACCCGUCAAACAUACAAAAAAAGCCAGUGAUUGUUUUAUUGCAUCAUUUCAUGGGAAAUUUAUAUACAUGGCGAAAUCAUAUGCAGCCACUUGCUGAUGCUACCGGUCUGCCGGUUGUCGCAUAUGAUCGUCCCGCAUUCGGGUUCACGGAACGAUUAGCCACGUGGGAAGAAAAUAAGAAUCCGUAUACACAAGAAGCAUGCCCAGAUUUGUUGGUUGAGCUGUUGCGAGGUAUUGGUUAUGGAGAUCGAAGGGUUGUGAUUAUUGGUGUUUCGGGCGGUGGUGCAGUUGCUGCUGCUCUUGCGAUUAAACGUCCGGGAUAUGUGCAGGCUAUAGUGAUGUUAGCUCCUGCUAUAAAACCACAAGAUCAAGCUCGUCAUAUUCUAGCUUCAUUACCAGGACGUCUAUUUAUAAAAGUAGCAUUAUCCCAAUACAUUCCCUUCACAUCAUUCUACCAUAACGUUGAAUCAAUUCCAGAGUGGGAAACAGUAGUACGACCAUGUUACCGUGUCCCACUAACACUCCCAAAUUUCUACGAAUCACUCGGUCACGUUAUGCGAUACUUUCGCCCAUUAGAAAUCAUGGAACAUUUACACAUUAUACACAGGCACACCCCGGUUCUCUAUAUCGCUGGGGAUACCGAUAGGUAUAUGCCCGGCAAUCAGCAUCCUCAAGCCUUUCUAGAUAUGACGCGUAAUAUGCCGGAAGGAACAAUGUUUGAGUGGCAUCUGUUGUCAGAAUGUGGGCAUUUACCGCAAGAUGAGAAGCCUAGAGAAGUGUUAGAGUUGACAUUGGAUUUUUUGAAGCGGGCGGGUGUUUAUCAGCCAAGAUGUAGUGAAUGA